GGUAGGUAGGUAGCCAGGUAUUUCUUUUAGCAAGGCAGUACAGUCGCUGCCUCACACACACCACACCGGCCCCAGGGGAGACUGUAGUAUACUCUGUCCUGGAGAGAGAAUCUGUCCCAGCCAAAGUAUGGCCCACUCUGCAGCAGGCCUACAGACCCCAUCUGAGGAUGAGUGUCCCAUCUGUAUGAGCCCCCUGAUGGACCCACAUCACCCUGCUGCCUGCUCUCAUGUGUUCUGCCGACUAUGUCUCUCACGCUCUUUAAAGUGGUUACCCCACUGCCCUUUGUGCAGAGCUAAGGCACAGGCUGAUGACAUAAUGCCUGUUGGUGCCACUGGUGUCACAGUCCAGACGAGGACCACAGUCAUCAGGUUGAAUCAACCUCUCUCUGGCUUGACGAGGAUUUACACCCCAGCAACUAGACCUGUGACAGGUGAUAUCCAGAGUGCUGCAGUGAGGACGUUUGUCUGUCCGAUCUGCCAUGAGAGUGGUCUGAAUGAGCAGGAUCUGGUGUGUCCGGUGUGUGUCUCUCUACCACACGGUAACCCAAACCAAAUCAGCAGGAACUUCAUCAGACAUUUGAACCUAAGACACUGCUAUUAUGCCGAGGACUACACGAAUAUCCAUCAAACCGAUACGUUGAACGUGCAAUAUGCCAUCAUUGAGUCUCUCCGAGAUGCCAACCUGAAUCCAAGAUGAUCUUGACUGAUAUAAUUUAUUAACUAGCAAUUUAGCAAUAACAAUGUCAUCAUGAUUCGUGUACUAAGUAAUAUGCUAAAUAUUUUGAUGCCAGAGCUGCUCAUUUAUGAAAAUUGUAAUGUUGUCAAUUUUUUAUUUCUUUUGAGUGUAUGACAUCUAAUUUACUGCAACUAGUCUAACUGCCAAUAAAUAAAUAAACACUCAUGACAUGUUACAUACUGUAGAGAUAUUUUGAUAAAUCUAUCAUAAAAUCUACCAACUAUAAUAUUGACACUAGCUUUGAUAUACUUUUCCAUUUCAUGUCUUUGUAUAUACUUGACUAUAAUAAAGGAAUUGAUAAAACAUGUA